AUGGAUCAAAGCGGGAAAGGUAGCCUCGACUCAAAGGAAGGGGAACAAACUUGUACGCCGCUGGGGAUGACGCAGGAAGCCGAGGAGGCGAGGGACGCGGACGGGCGCUCUGCGCUGCACCGGGCGGCGGUGGCGGGGCGCGCGGGGGCGGCGGCGGCGCUGCUGGCGGCGGGGGCGGACGCGCGCGCGCGCGACGCGCUGGGCGCCACGCCGCUGCUGCUGGCCGCGUACUGGGGCCACGCCCACGUGGCCGAGUGCCUGCUGCGCGCCGGCGCCCGCCCCGACGAGGAGUUCGAGGCCGACCUCCGCCUCAUGCACCGCGAGGCGCGCAUCGGGGGCGACUUCCGCGGCCGCCCCGCCUUCGCGCUGUCCGCCCUGCACGUCGCGGCCGGCGCCGGCCACGUCGACACGCUGCAGGUGCGUUGGCCGUGCGUGGCAGGCGGCCGCGGCGGCGCAGCGCGAGGUGCUGGAGCUGCUGCUGGCGGCCGGGGCGGACGCGCGGCCGUCGAGGGGCGCGGCGGCGCUCGGCGCUGCACACGCGGCGCGCCCUGGGCACGCCCCCUCGCACGGCGCCUGCUGCGGGAGCGCGGCGUGCGCGCCAACGCCCUCGACGCCGCGGCCGCGCGCCAGUGCACCUCGCCGCCCGCCAACGGCACCGGCCUCGCGCUGCAGGUGCGCACGACAGCGCCCGCUCUUCGCAUGGGCGUUCUCAUC